AUUGAAUUUCUUAGCAUUAUUUAUCCAAUAGCUAAAGGGUCGAUAGCUCCAGUUGAGGGAUUCGGUAUCUAACAUGGCGGAUUCUUCAUCUUUCGAUCCACAGCGCCUUCUCUCUCACAAAUUCCCCGAGCCGGAUUUCAACUACACUGAGCGAGAUGCAGCCCUCUAUGCGCUGGGUAUCGGAGCAUGUGGACGGGACGCUACUGAUUCCGAUGAGCUUAAAUAUGUUUACGAUGAAAAGGGGCAGCAAUAUAUCCAAGUAUUGCCGACAUUUGCUGCUUUGUUUUCACUUGGGUCUCAGCCAAAUGGUUUCGAUCUGGCAGUGCCAGGUUUAGAAUUUGAUCCUCGUCUUCUGUUGCACGGACAACAAUACAUAGAAAUCUACAAGCCACUGCCUUCAAAAGCUAGCCUACGUAAUGAAAUAAGUCUUGCAGGAUUACAUGACAAAGGUAAAGCUGCUAUUCUUGAGCUUGAAACCAGAAGUUAUGAGAAAGAGUCUGGCGAACUACUAUGCAUGAACCGGACGACUUUCUAUCUUCGGGGUGCUGGUGGCUUCUCAAAUCCAUCAGAUCCAUAUUCUUAUUCAAACUAUUCAAGCAACCAGUCUUCAGUUGUGAGAAUCCCCGAGAGUCAACCUUUUGCAGUGUUGGAAGAUUGCACCCAACCUUCUCAGGCAUUGCUGUAUAGGUUAUCUGGUGACUACAAUAGUCUACAUGCAGAUCCUAUGGUGGCAAAAGUUGCAGGAUUCGAUAAGCCAAUUUUGCAUGGGUUGUGCAUUCUAGGGUAUGCAGUUAGGGCCAUCAUCAAAUCCAUAUGCAAAGGAGAUCCAACUAUGGUGAAAGGCAUAUUUGGUCGAUUCCUUUUACACGUGUACCCUGGCGAAACCUCGGUUACUGAGAUGUGGCUUGAAGGCUUGAGGGUCAUAUAUCAGACAAGUGUGAAAGAAAGAAACCGAGCGGUGCUGUCAGGUUAUGUUGACCUUCAUUGUCUGGCUCCAUCUCUGUAGAUUAGCUCAAUCCAUGAAAUAAGAAUCUCAGUUUCUUGGUAAUCGGUGAUUCAAUUUCCUUAGUAUUUGACAUUGGAGAUGCAAACAAAAAGAUAACAAUCAAUAAAAGUUUCGAUGAUAGGAAGCAUGGACAUAAGUAUCCAAAGCAUUUGAUGUAUCAGAUUGGAUGAGUAGCACUAGGAGAGAAGCCUUCUCCUGUACGUUUGUCUGCUCCGUUAAUUUAUCUAUAUGCUCACUAAUAAGCAAGGAUUGAGGAUUGGCAAUGGCAUGCAAUGUUAUGUAAAUCAAAAGGCAGGAACAUAUAUCAAGGAAUUUGUUCAUGGGGAUCUCGGGCGGACACACUCAAGGUACAGAACUAACCAUCCUUUAUGGUUAUGCUGUCCAUCGUAGCCACUCUUUAGAUGUUUGAAAAGCUUUGGUCAUCACUUCAUUAUUUUUGUCAAAAAACUGUUUUAGCCCGGACCAUAAAACAGUAAUCCUUAAAUGAAGGAUUGGGAUCCUU